GCUACUACGGAUAAAUAGCCCGGGGCGCCUGGCACUAAGCUAGGGCCGGGGAAGCCCCAGGGCACUGCCGCCGCUCUGCUCGCCGCAGGUCCAGCUGGCCAGGACGCGGCGGGGUGGCGGACAGUCGGGUGUGCCCUCAGACCCCCGGCACUCUGCCAUCGCACGGCUGGGGUUCCCCAGCGACAGAAAGUUCCGGGCAACCCCUGCCGCCCGGGUUGGUGAGGCCGGGCCCGCGCCGCCCUGCGCUGGGACAUGGAGCUGCUGUCGCCGCCGCUCCGAGACGUGGACUUGACGGGCCCCGACGGCUCCCUCUGCUCCUUUGCCGCAGCGGACGACUUCUAUGACGACCCGUGUUUCGACUCCUCGGAUCUGCGCUUCUUCGAGGACCUGGAUCCGCGCCUGGUGCACGUGGGCGCGCUCCUGAAGCCCGAGGAGCACACGCAUUUCCCCGCCGCCGUGCACCAGGCCCCGGGCGCGCGCGAGGACGAGCAUGUGCGCGCGCCCAGCGGGCACCACCAGGCCGGCCGCUGCCUGCUGUGGGCCUGCAAGGCGUGCAAGCGCAAGACCACCAACGCUGACCGGCGCAAGGCCGCCACCAUGCGCGAGCGGCGCCGCCUGAGCAAAGUGAACGAGGCCUUCGAGACGCUCAAGCGCUGCACGUCCAGCAACCCCAACCAGCGGCUGCCCAAGGUGGAGAUCCUGCGCAACGCCAUCCGCUACAUCGAGGGCCUGCAGGCUCUGCUGCGCGCCCAGGACGCCGCGGGCCCUGGCGCCACCGCCUUCUACGCGCCCGGCCCACUGCCCCCAGGCCGCGGCGGCGAGCACUACAGCGGCGACUCGGACGCGUCUAGCCCGCGUUCCAACUGCUCCGACGGCAUGAUGGACUACAGCGGCCCCCCGAGCGGCGCGCGGCGGCGGAACUGCUACGACGGCGCCUACUACAGCCAGGCGCCCAGCGAACCCAGGCCCGGGAAGAGUGCCGCCGUGUCCAGCCUUGACUGCCUGUCCAGCAUCGUGGAGCGCAUCUCCACGGAGAGCCCCGCUGCGCCCGCGCUCCUGCUGGCGGACGCGCCACCGGAGUCGCCCCCUCGCCAGCAGGAGGCGGCCGCCGAGAGCGAGGGCGAGCGCGGAGCACCCACGCCGGCCCCGGACACCGCCCCGCGGUGCCCUGCGACCGCAAACCCCAACCCCAUCUACCAGGUGCUCUGAAGGGGAGGGCUGCCUCGUGCAAGGGCGCCGCUGCCUACGCGCCCGAGGGACGGAGCCCCUGGGGUUCCUUCGUGCCCCCAAGAUUGAGCUUAAAGCGACCCUCCGCCCCCUCCUCCGCGGUGGCAGAGACGGGGGGAACCCGGUCCCCGGCCCCAGGGCGAGCUCACGGUGGGUGUCUUCCACGCCGCGCCUGCCCUGGCCGCUGGGCGAUCGCCUGCAAGCCGGGGCUGAUCCUUCCGCUUCCUCGACGCCUCCCCAGUAGGGGGAACUGGAUCGCCGCGGACCCAAGCCCGGCCCCGCCCCACCUCCGUAGCUACAUCCUUUCAAGCUCCUCCCAUCGCACCUGCGGGAUGCGCGCCAGUCCCGCAGGUAACCCACCCCAACCCCGCCCUCCGGUUCAGGACCACUUUUUAUAAUACUUUUUUGUAAUCUAUUCCUGUAAAUAAGAGUUGCUUUGCCAGAGCAGGAGCCCCGAGGGCUGUAUUUAUCUCUGACGCAUGGUGUGCGGUGCAACGGCGACUUUCUAUGUUUAUACGGCAGGCGGGCGAGCCGCGGGCGCUCGCUCAGGUGUUCGAAAUAAAGACGCUAAUUUAUGCC